GCCACAAAGCACCCUCUCGACAGUUCGAUUGAACCCACUUGUGUAAGUCAAGCCUUGAAAAAUCCUCAAUGGCGUUAGGCCAUGUCUGAUGAGUUUAAUGCUUUGGUUAGACAGGGUACUUGGGAACUUGUUCCUCACACUGAUGUUCAAAAUGUCAUUGGCUGUAAGUGGGUGUUCCGUGUCAAACGGAAUAAGGAAAGUGGUAUUGACCGAUACAAAGCACGUCUUGUGGCUAAAGGAUUUCACCAACGACCUGGGUUCGAUUACUUUAAUACCUUUAGCCUGUCAGAAUGGGUUUAUUUCUUAAUUUAUGUUGAUGAUAUUAUUGUUACGGGCAGUACCGAGAAGCCAGUUGAAUCAAUUAUCUCCUUAAUGGGUGCCACCUUCUCUAUCAAAGAUUUGGGUUGCCUCAAUUAUUUUCUUGGAGUGAAUGCUAUCUUUACCAAUGCUGGUCUCUUUUUGUCACAAGCUCAAUACAUCCGAAAUCAGCUCUCUGAUGCUCAACCGUAUCGUCAACUUGUUGGUUCUUUGCAAUACCUUGCUCGUACUCGGCCGGAUAUCUCUUUUGCUGUCAACAAAUUAUCUCAGUUUCUUCAUGCUCCAUCUGAUGUUCAUUGGCAAGCUGCAAAGCGGAUUUUGUGGUAUCUUAAAGAUUGGGUUGGGGACAAGGACACUUAUCAUUCUACAACUGGCUAUGUGGUGUUCCUUGACAGCAAUCCCAUUUCUUGGCGAGCAUGCAAGCAGAAAACUAUUGCUCGCAGUUCCACCAAGGCAGAGUACCGUGCACUCGCUGCUGCUUCUUUUGAAUUGGUUUGGAUUAAGCAUCUACUUCAUGAACUUGGCCAUCCUGUAUCUGAAUGUCCUGCCAUUUACUGUGACAAUGUUGGAGCUACCCAUCUGAGUAGCAAUUCAGUAAUGCAUACCAGGAUGAAGCAUAUAGCAAUUGAUCUCCAUUUUGUUUGGGAACUAGUUGAUCACAAGGUCCUUCGAGUGAGCCAUAUCUCCACUGUUGAUCAAUUAGUCGAUGGCCUCACCAAACCACUUUCAUCGCGUCGUUUUGCUCAACUCCAAACCAAGAUUGGAGUCACUGAUGGGAGCUCCAUCUUGAGGGGGCGUAUCAAGGAAAUCACUGCUGAUUGAGCGAGAUUGUUUCCAUUGAGCGAGAUCUGCUGAUUAAGCGAGAUUGUUGCUAUUCAAUAUCCCUGAUUUGAUCUGUAUAUAUUGUAAUAAUGACUAGGAUAUUUA